CUACGGUUCAUGUUUGAAACCACGUUUUAAUAACUUUUGAUUUUCUGUCGUCUCUGUAAGACUUUUAUUGUUUAGAAAGGGAGGAAGAUUCCCCUCCGCAGUUGCUAUUACGACCCGUCACCCCGCUGCGCUGCUAGUUGGUACGGUCUCAUUUGUGAAGCGGCAGCGCUCGCACACAUUCACCGUUUCAAGCUCUUAUCGAUUCCUUCUGCAUGUGCUGGAGCGAUCUGGCCUUCAACUCCGUGCACUGAUGCUGGAGCCUGUUAUUCAGGCGGAACUAUCGCUGUUUUUGACAGGACCAUGAAUCCCAAUCCAAAAUAAAUGGUUACCGCUAACGGGAGUGGCGGGAAAGGUAUUUUGGUGACGGUCACCGGAGCUUGAGAUUCUUGACGGGAGCAGAGAGAGAAACAACGCGGAGUUUCUGCGUUCAUUUCACAGGUGCCAUCACCCUGACUGAUGCCGCCCGUUCAGAGAACCAUGGCGGAUCUCCGGUCCCGUGUUGAGGGGUAUGAAAAGACAGAAGAUGCUUCAGAGAAGACCUCUCUAGCAGAUCAGGAAGACUCGAGACUAAUAUUUAUCAAUCAACCCCAGUUUACCAAGUUCUGCAGUAAUCGAAUCAGCACCGCCAAGUACAACGUGCUGACGUUCUUGCCUCGGUUCCUGUACUCACAGUUCAGAAGAGCGGCCAACUCCUUCUUUCUGUUCAUUGCAUUGCUGCAGCAAAUCCCCGACGUGUCUCCAACAGGACGAUGGACAACGCUGGUGCCCUUACUCUUCAUUCUGUUGGUGGCAGCAGUGAAGGAGAUUAUAGAAGACCUGAAACGGCACAAAACUGAUAAUGUCGUCAACAAGAAAGAGACGCAAGUGUUAAGGAACGGCGCAUGGGAGAUUGUUCAUUGGGAGAAGGUGGCCGUAGGGGAGGUAGUACGAGCAUCCAAUAGAGAUCAUCUCCCGGCAGACAUCAUCAUUCUGUCCUCCAGUGAACCUCAAGGAAUGUGUUACAUAGAAACCUCAAAUCUGGAUGGAGAGACGAAUCUCAAGAUCAGACAGGGUCUGCAGAUCACCACAGACCUUAAGGACAUUGACAGUCUGAUGCGUCUGUCUGGACGAAUGGAAUGUGAGAGUCCCAACAGACAUCUGUAUGAGUUUGUGGGAAAUAUUCGCCUUGAUGGACACAGCACUGUACCACUGAGUCCAGAUCAGAUCUUGAUGAGAGGAGCUCAGCUCAGGAACACACAGUGGAUUCAUGGUAUUGUGGUCUACACAGGCCAUGACACCAAACUCAUGCAGAACUCCACACGCCCUCCACUGAAGUUGUCCAACGUGGAGCGCAUAACCAACUUUCAGAUCCUUGUGCUUUUCGGCUGUCUGUUGGCCAUCUCGUUGGUGUGCUCCAUCGGUCAGACCAUCUGGAAAAUCCAGUACGGCAAUGAGGCCUGGUACAUGGACCUCAACUAUGGAGGGGCGGCUAACUUUGGCCUGAACUUCCUCACCUUCAUCAUCCUCUUCAACAACCUGAUUCCCAUCAGUCUUCUGGUGACUCUGGAGGUCAUAAAAUUCAUCCAGGCUUUUUUCAUCAACUGGGACACUGACAUGAUGUAUGAACCCACCAACACGCCAGCUAUGGCCCGGACCUCAAAUCUGAAUGAGGAACUGGGACAGGUGAAGUACAUCUUUUCGGACAAGACUGGAACUCUGACCUGCAACGUAAUGCAGUUUAAGAAGUGCACCAUUGCAGGCGUGGCCUAUGGUCAUGCAGCUGAAGUUGAGGAUGGUAGUUUUGCAGAGGAGGACUGUCAUAGCUCUCAGUCCACAGAGGAAACUGGAUUUAAUGACCCCAGCUUAUUGGAAAACCUCCAAAGCAAUCAUCCUACCGCUUCUGUCAUCAUGGAGUUUAUGACCAUGAUGGCUAUCUGUCACACAGCCGUCCCUGAACGCAGCGAUGAUAAGAUCGCCUACCAGGCUGCAUCACCAGAUGAAGGUGCUCUGGUGCGGGCAGCACAGAACCUGGGCUUCGUGUUUUCAGGGAGAACUCCAGACUCUGUUAUUGUUGAGUCGUUAGGAGGGGAGGAAAAAUAUGAAUUACUGCAUGUUUUGGAAUUCACAAGUGCCAGGAAGAGGAUGUCAGUCAUCAUGCGUACGCCAUCAGGAAAGAUCCGUCUUUAUUGCAAAGGAGCUGACACCGCGAUCUAUGAACGAUUAGCUGACAGUUCCAGAUACAAGGACAUCACCCUUAAACACCUGGAACAGUUUGCCACAGAAGGUUUGCGCACACUGUGUUUUGCUGUGGUGGACAUAUCUGAAUCCUCUUACCAGCAGUGGCUGGAAAUUUACCAUCGUGCUUCAACAUCUCUUCAAAACAGGGCGCUCAAGAUGGAGGAGAGCUAUGAACUUAUUGAAAAGAACCUGCAGCUGUUAGGAGCCACAGCCAUUGAAGACAAACUGCAGGAUAAAGUCCCAGAAACCAUUGAGACCCUCAUGAAAGCUGACAUCAAGAUCUGGAUCCUCACCGGGGACAAGCAGGAGACAGCCAUUAAUAUAGGACACUCUUGCAAACUGCUUACGAAGAACAUGGGCCUGCUGGUAAUCAACGAGGACACCCUGGAUGGUACAAGGGAGACCCUUAGCCAUCACUGCGGCGUGCUUGGGGAUGCUCUACACAAAGAGAACGACUUUGCCCUUAUCAUUGAUGGAAAGACACUAAAGUUUGCUCUCACUUUCGGUGCCCGUCAAUACUUUCUGGACCUGGCCCUUUCAUGCAAGGCUGUGAUAUGCUGCAGGGUUUCACCUCUGCAGAAGUCUGAGGUAGUGGAGAUGGUGAAGAAACAAGUGAAAGUGAUCACUCUGGCCAUUGGAGAUGGAGCCAAUGAUGUGGGCAUGAUCCAAACUGCUCAUGUGGGUGUCGGCAUCUCUGGCAAUGAAGGACUGCAGGCUGCCAACUCAUCAGAUUACUCUAUUGCACAGUUCAAAUACUUGAAGAAUCUUCUCCUGGUUCACGGCGCUUGGAACUACAACCGCGUUGCCAAGUGCAUCCUGUAUUGCUUCUACAAGAACAUUGUGCUUUACAUUAUUGAGAUCUGGUUUGCAUUUGUUAACGGCUUCUCUGGUCAGAUUUUGUUUGAGCGCUGGUGCAUCGGCCUGUACAACGUGCUCUUUACGGCUCUGCCUCCUCUGACUCUGGGCAUCUUUGAGAGAUCCUGCAGGAAAGAAAACAUGCUGAAAUACCCUGAACUCUACAAAACCUCCCAGAAUGCAAUGGGCUUCAACACCAAGGUCUUCUGGGCCCAUUGUCUCAACGGCCUGUUUCACUCAGUCAUUCUCUUCUGGUUCCCCCUCAAGGCCUUCCAGCACGACACGGUCUUUGGAAACGGAAAGACACCAGACUAUCUCCUCUUAGGCAACAUGGUUUACACAUUUGUGGUGAUCACAGUAUGUUUGAAAGCCGGGUUGGAGACGUCUUCUUGGACCAUGUUCAGUCACAUUGCCAUCUGGGGCAGCAUUGGAUUAUGGGUAGUCUUCUUUGGCAUCUACUCAUCUUUAUGGCCUCUGAUACCUCUGGCUCCGGAUAUGUCAGGAGAGGCUGACAUGAUGUUCAGUUCAGGAGUCUUCUGGAUGGGUCUGAUCUUCAUUCCCACCACCUCUCUGGUCUUUGAUGUGGCCUACAAAGUCAUGAAGAAAGUGUGUUUUAAGACCUUGGUGGAUGAAGUCCAGGAGUUGGAAGCGCUGUCUAAAGACCCUGGAGCCGUUGUGCAUGGAAAAAGUUUAACCGAGAGAGCCCAGCUUCUGAAGAACGUGUUCAAGAAGAGCACCGUCAGCCUGUACCGAUCUGACUCCAUGCAGCAGAACCUUCUCCAUGGCUACGCAUUCUCUCAGGAUGAGAACGGAGUGGUCUCCCAGUCUGACGUCAUCAGAGCCUAUGACACCACCAAAGAGCGGACCAAUGAGUGGUGAGAUCCGGAUCGCUGGGUCCCGUCCGCUCUUCGCGGUCACUACUUUUUAAAGGCUCACGGAGAGCUGAAGCCUGUCAGUUUAACUUUGGUGGGCCCACAGUAGGAAUCCCUGGGCAAAAAUGGUUAUUAAAAACAUGUAUCGUAUGGGUGAGCGCCCCUUGGUCUUUGAAAGGAAACAAAAAAUGAAUGUUGUGAACAGCAGACACGAGCACUGUGCUAGCAUAUUUUUGCCCAGUGUGUGGUCAGUAUGGUUUUCUGAUCUAUUAUGUAGAAGGGAAUAAGGAUGAAGUCGUCUUUUUUCCACCAUUCCUUCGGCUCUGAGUGUUAAAGCCAAAUAUGAUGGUGUCGAGAAUUGUUUGUGUCGAUGCGUUUUGACUGUGACGUAAUUUAAUUUGGCACAUCUUUUGUUUUUACUGUAUAGGUAUUUUAUUUGCAUUAGAGGCGUUUAAUCGUAUCACAGAUUAGCAGUGAAAAAUUUCUCAUCUUUAAAGUUGAAGGCAGUCCCAUAAAAAAAAUCUCACUGUUUCUACAUUGUGAAUAUUGCACUUCUCUGUGCGAAUUUGACCACUUUAUACCCAUUUUAAAUGUAAUCUAUCAAGGCCUUACAUUUGUUGUUGCCUUCGAUCGUAACUAGGUGGUUUUAUGUUUUGUCCGUUUACCGUGCCUGAUUCUUUUAAAACUAUUUCAGCUAGCAUGUAUCGGCCAUUUUAUACAAUCUGGCAUCAUUUCAAUGACUUUCUCCGGAACAAGUCUCUGCAUUCCACAUCUUACACGGCUGCAAUGAUCACAAAGGUGCCUAACAGGAAGUUUAGUAUUUCAGAGACCCUAGCUAGGUAGUGUUAUAGCACGCUAACAUGUUAAACCAAAACAAUGACGCCCGUCCAUCUUGUAUCAGGCUUCUACAGAAGAUUUUUAAGCCAUGCAUUGAACCCCUAUAACUUUAAUUUGACUUUAGGUAAUUCCCAUAUCUUUCAAACAUAAGUGCCAUUAGCAUAAGGCAAGAACUGAUGAUUUUGCCACACCCGCACCGUAUCAAUACAACUUUGUCUCUCUUGUUAUUUUGUGAAUUUGUAUUUUUAUAAGUGUGACUUUUCGAAUUGAUCUGCUUUGUAACGAAAACAUCGUCCCUCUUUUGUGCUUCGUCCUCACAAACGAGCUUACUUUGCCUGUGACUACAACUGUCCUAUUAACGCUUCUUUAUUCGAUGGUGGAGUUUGUGCAUUGGUUUUCUUCUCCCUGUGGGAGAGCACGUUUUGUAUCGCGUGUCUGCGCAACGUGUGUCGUCUGCAUGCGCAUGUGGGCUCAUAUGAGGAUGCGUGUUUAUGUACGUGUGUGUCGGUAUGCACGUCUGUUUAUUGAUAUUGUGAAUCACUGUUUGCCCGAGAGACUGAAUGAAUUCGAGGAUGCGAGUGUGUUUGCCGUCCUCUUUGUCCGAUUGUGUGGCGCUGCUCGUUUCGUUCGUCUGCACGACUCCAGAUAUAAUGGCGAGCUACUACAGUAUAUGCCAAUGCAUGGCCCUGUGUGUGAACAGGUGUGUGCAGAUGUAUGUGAGCGCACGUGCGUCACAUGUCUAUAUAUGUAUUCUUGUUUGUAUGGAGCUCUGCUACAGCUUGACUGGAGAUGUUGCACAAUCAAUGCACUAUUUUAUCGUUUAUGUGAUGAAUAUUCAAUUUAAACUAAUUAAUAUCAGUUGCUGUAUUGUUUAUCUUGGAUGGAUGUACAUGUUUGUAAUUUAGUUUCAGUGUAACUCUACAGGUGCAUUGUUUUUAUUUUACACAAAAAAAUAGUACAUUUGUAGCUGUUGUGCAUUUCAUUUUUUUUUAAGAUGUGCUUUGGGUCGGUUGUUUAAACACUGGAUAUGUGGCCCUCUCCAGGUAUGAUGUGACAUUGGUUGACUGUUGCUUUCUGAAAUCUUCUCUGUCACCGAUUGUCAACUGAUUGCAUGAAUGGAAAAAGUCGUAUCUUGGUUUAGCCUAAAUGUUAAUUGUUCGCCUCUAGUGUUGGUCACUUUAAAGAAUGAAAAUGCACUUUUAUAUUGUUUUGAAUUCUUUAUCAGGUGUUUUGUUUUGCUUUUAAAAUCUUUCGUUUACGUUGUUUUGUUUAUUGAUUGUUUAGCAUGUUGGAACUGCAAACUUUUAAGUGUUUUGUCUUUUAACUGCCAUAAAGGACUACUGGAAUAAACUUUACAACAUGAAAA